AUGGAAACACCACCCACCAUUAAAUCACCAAAAAGUGAACCUGUUACCCCUAAGUUGAGAGAUAUGCUGAACAUUGAUGUUGAUGCUAAUAAUGUUGUUGCUCAUCCUCCGAACUCAAUAAUUACCCUUGAUACACUUCGUAAAUAUUUUAUGGUAUCCUUUGACCUCAAUCAACCUGCUGUUAAACUUGAUCAGGGUGAAAAAGAAAACUUGAUGGUUGUUGAAUCAUUAGUUGCUAAGGGAAAAGAAAAGAAAAGCAGCAACAUGAAGUUUAUGAAGAAGAAAGCAAUGAUGAGAAAUAUGAGGAUAUCGUCAAGUUCUGAGAAUGCUGAUAUGGAAAAUGAUGAAGAUGUGGAUUCAUUGAUUGUGAUGGGAUGCACUGAUUGUCACAUCUAUGUGAUGGUAUCCAAAUCCAACCCUGAAUGCCCAAGAUGCCAGAAUCCCAACCUGUUGGAUGUGCUUGAAGUGAUGAACUUUCCUAAGACUGCUAAGCCUAAUAAGAAAAUGAGGAUCAGUCGAAUUUAAUUUGGCAUCUCUCAAAUAUAUCUCUCUCUUAAAGUUUGUUAAUUAAGAGGCUUGUUCUUAUUAUGUCCUUUUAAUUACAACCUUUUUGGCUUAUAGUCUUGACCGAGUCGUGGUCUAUUAUGCAGAAUAAAUUUGAAUUAUGCUGAUUCAAUAAUAAGAAU